UAAUAUUGUGCCGAAAACUAAAAAGUCUGCCCGUAGUCAUUUGCGAGCGCGUUUGAGCGGUGCGCACGAGUGCGGUUUUGUAGCUACAUCCGUUCGGUUUCGUUUAUCUGUGUAUUUGACAAUAUUAUUAUUGUUUAUCGUCUAUACGCUAUUUCACACGCAGUCGGAAAAUCGCACUGACAGAAUAACAACAAUAAUAAUAAUAAUAUAACAACGGUGCACUACACACGGAUAUAGGUUCUCGUAUGACAUUUAUGUCAAUGAGUGGUCGAGCCAGAAGAACGACAAUCACUGGUGAUCGCUGCACACAUGGACACAAAAGUCGCACAGGAGUUCGCCUUCGAUAAGUCGCGAUCGUUUAUAGUACCCCCGAGUGGGUAACAAACAACAAUACAUAAUAUUAUUAUUAGUGACCCGAACCGGAAGACACACUGCGAGGCUGCAGUAUACGUCGACGACCACGAGAUAAAUACCAUAGAUUGAUAAAUAUUAAUAUUAAAAACAACGAUAACUAAUUUCAAAUCAAAAGAGUUGCAAGCUAUAUUAUCAAUUGUUGAUUUAACUAUGUAGCUAGCUCGAAGAACUGUCUAAUAAACCUUUGACUACGAUAAUGAUUAAUAUUUAAUUUCUAUGCCGGGAACGAGUGAUCCCCAAUCUGAAGAAGAAAUGUUAGACGGAAUUCAACUUCGCGGACGAUCUUUCGACGUUUCAACUGACCACUCAAGAUCACCUAGCACAGAAGAUGGUUCGUUUUACCACCCAGACAACAAUAAUGUAUCCGAGGACGACGACGAAAAUAUUAAAAGCGAUUCGGAGAGUUCCGACGAUAAAUCACGAAGGCCCGCGGCGGGCAAACGAAAACGACGGGCGAGCAUCGACGAGGAUGAUGGUGAUGAACCGAUUGCACCAAAAACGAGAAAAUGCCGCAGGAGCAUCCGGCAAAGGCAAUCGGUGGAGGUGUUGACGGCCAAAGACCGAAAUUUGCGAAGGCUGGAGAGCAACGAGCGCGAACGAUUACGCAUGCACUCGUUGAACGAUGCUUUCGAGAAAUUGCGUGAAGUGGUGCCCCAUGUAAAAAUGGGACGUAAACUAUCAAAGUUGGAAACAUUGACAUUGGCAAAAAACUACAUAAUGGCAUUGACCAACGUCAUUUGUGAAAUGAGAGGAGAGCAAAAACCAUUUACUUUUGACGAUCCCGAUCAAGCCGAAGAUGACUAUGCAUCAAGCAACGAUGGUGGGUUUGAAUCGGGUAAUAGUACAAAAACUCCCUCAACUUUGGAACAAGAGUUACUAUCAUCAGACUAGUGAAAACCGUGCGCGAAUAAUCGCAUUUCCUAUAUUAUAUUAUGUAAACCAAACAUGUUCUUUAGUGUGAAAACAAAACUUUUUUUCACCUAAUAGGUAUUAACGAUGAGAUUUAUUUUUGUCUCGAUAUUUACCAGACAUUAUUGUUAUUAUUGUUAUGAUUGCUAUGUAUUUGUGGUUGUAUUCAAGUACUAUACGAUUAUUAUUAUUAUAAAGUUUUAGUUAAGGAUUAUAUUAAUAUUAUUUUUAAUACUUAUAAAAAUUAUAAAUACUUUUACCAAUCCUACAUGUACGUCAAUCCUACUAAAUAUUACAUUGAAUAAUUAUUUAAGCACGUCACACACAUACAUUUUGUUGAAUAAAUGUUGAUCUUAAACUAAUUUAAUAAACAUUUUUUAAAUCGAACAUUUAUAUAUGGUUAAAUGUUUAAUGUAUGUAUCAUAAAGUUAAAGUUUAUUCCAUGUCAUAAAAACGUAAGUGAAUAUUCCAUACCUGAUUUUCACUGAAGGUAUCAAAAUAUUUUCUUUAAAAAUAAAUAAAAUCACAGCAUUUGAAAAAUAAUUCUGAUCUAAGCUUGGUUUUACUAAAUACGGUUGGCACUUGGGAUUUGAAUACUUGAUUAAGGAGUGAUUACGAUUUUUGCCUUUGUUUUGUCAUUUUUUUUUCUAUAUCUUAGAAAACAACUAAGA